AGAUUUUAUUAUUCAUUUUCCUAAUCAAACAGUUGUCAUGUCAUGUGAGAAGGGAGUAGUACAGAAUGCCUCUCCCAGUCCCUUAAAUUCAGAGCUUCACCACUUCCCUUUCAUCCCUUAAUCUCCGCCUCUGAUCUCCAAUUCUCUCUCUCUCUCUCUCUCUCUGAGCAGUCUAGCCACUCGGCCAAGAAAUCUCAAUCUCAAUGGGUUUCGAGGGAGAUGAAGAGUCGCUCAGCACCCAGCAACUACCCGCCAAAUCCAUGUUCAGGUACAACUCUCCCUUCGUCCAAGUCUCCCUUAUUGGCCUCGUCUGUUUCUGCUGCCCCGGCAUGUUCAACGCCCUCUCCGGCAUGGGUGGUGGUGGCCAAGUCGACCCCACCGCAGCCAACAACGCCAAUACCGCUCUCUACACCACCUUCGCCGUCUUCGGCGUACUCGGCGGCGGCAUCUACAACAUCCUCGGUCCCCGCCUCACCCUCGUCACCGGCUGCUCCACCUACAUCCUCUACGCCGGCUCUUUCCUCUACUACAACCACAAAGAGCGCCAGGAAUUCGCUAUUGUCGCCGGUGCUUUCUUGGGCGUCGGCGCAGGCCUCCUCUGGGCCGCCCAGGGCGCUAUCAUGACCUCUUACCCCCCAAUUCAUCGUAAAGGGACCUAUAUCUCCCUCUUCUGGAGUAUCUUCAACAUGGGUGGUGUAAUCGGCGGCCUUAUUCCUUUCAUUCUCAACUAUAACCGUGCCGAGGCAGCUUCGGUUAACGAUGGCACAUAUAUCGGUUUCAUGGCCUUUAUGUCAGCUGGGACGCUUCUUUCUUUGUCUAUUUUGCCACCGAGCAAGGUGGUUCGUGACGAUGGGACACGUUGUACUAAUAUCAAGUACUCCAACGUUAAGACCGAGGCGCUUGAGAUUCUUUUUUUGUUCUUGAACUGGAAGAUGCUGCUCAUAGUGCCUGCCGCUUUGGCCAGCAAUUUUUUCUACACGUAUCAGUUCAAUAACGUGAAUGGGGUGAUGUUUAAUUUGAGGACUAGGGGGUUUAACAAUGUGUUCUACUGGGGGGCACAGAUGUUGGGCUCAGUUGGAAUUGGAUACAUAAUGGAUUUCAGCUUUCAGAGCAGGAGGAUGAGGGGAUUUGUUGGGAUUGGAGUGGUUGCGCUUCUCGGGACUGCUAUUUGGGCUGGUGGGCUUGCCAGCCAGCUCGGCUACUCGCGCGGUGACAAGCCGGAGAAGUUGGAUUUCAAGGACUCGGGUGCCGAUUUCGCGGGGCCAUUCGUCUUAUACUUCAGUUAUGGGUUGCUGGAUGCCAUGUUCCAGAGCAUGGUUUACUGGGUAAUUGGAGCUUUGGCUAACGAUUCUGAAAUCCUCAGCAGGUAUGCUGGGUUUUAUAAGGGAGUGCAGAGUGCUGGGGCAGCAGCCGCUUGGCAAGCUGAUGCACACGGUCUAUCCUUCAUUGGCCAGUUGAUUUUGAAUUGGGGCCUUACUACAGUCGGUAUUCCAUUAUUGGGGGUUCUUGUCAUGUUGGCAGUGAACGAUGACAACAAGGCUGAAGAGGAAACUACCAAGGAGGCUGCUCUUACUCCAGCUACCCCUGCCUAUAAAUGACAUAAGAUGUGGAGGGGCUGAAUUCUUUAAUCCAUCAUGGUUCUUGUGUUCUCCACGGUGAUCUAAAUCUUGGGAGCUUGAAAGUUUCAUCGAAGGCUGUAUGCGAUUUAUUUACUGUCAUUAAUCAUCUUACACGAGGGAAAUGAAGUUCAUGUUUUGUGCAGAAUGUCUGUCCCCAUAUGUUGUUGUUGCUCCUCUUUAUGCAAGCUUAAUAACCACCAAGCUAGGCCCCAUAUCAUUAAAUUCGUGUCCUUAGAAAAAGCGGAUUUGAUAAAGCAUUGUUUACCUUGUAAUCUUAUACAAGCUGAUUCCCUAUAUUGUUUUGCCUGAUACUCUAAUAGAGAUUCACUCAGAUGGUUUCCACGUGGGAGUUCUGAGAGAUAUUGGAAAAGGAGUACUAUCUUGCUCAAUGUCAUAAAUAUCAUAGU